CAAGAAUAAGAAUCCCAAGAAUGAAAUCAUUCACUUGUCGAGUUGAAAUAAACUGUUCAUCAGAAUUUCAUCUUCUAUCAUCCCUCGUUUCUCAACUCAUCUCAACACAUCGCAUCUGAACUCAACACCUCUCAUCUUUACAAUCCACAUCUUCAAAAUGGACAGAGAAGAGCGUCUGAAGAUGCUCUUUGAGCAGGAUGUCGCCUUGCUGAAGAUUAAUACCCGCUUGAAGACUGUUCCUCUGGUCCCUGAAACCGAAACCGAGACUCAACCUGAAGCUGAAGACGAGACACAGCCAGAAAAGCAAGCUGUUGUCCAAACAAUUGAGAAACAGGACAAAACUUCUCCCUUGAAAGACACUUCUGAUGAGAAACAAAAACCUGCCAAAGAGGUUCAGGAAGGCCAUCUUGAAGUCGAGCAGGAGCAAAAAACCCCCGAUACGGCGCAGGAUGAAGCCAAAGCCAGCGAAGACAAAGAGGAACCGACUGAGGCCUCUCUUGUUGGGUCUUUCUGUCCUCUCAUCGCCGUGUCUCGGUUUCCCUACAAAUACAUUCGGGGCGAAUUGUCGCAGCAGGUUGCGAAUGCUUUCUUCGACGGAGGCAAGUUCUGGGACCGAUGCUGGGAUGUGCACUACAUACACAUUCCUCCUCAUCUAGGUGUUCGUCCCCUUCUCCUCGUGCCGGCUGUCCAGGUUCGACGCUUUCUCGCAGAAAUCAACCAAACACUUGGAUGCGAAUUGUCACUCCCCACAGACAGUAAACUGGGUUUCGUGGUACCUUUCCAUGACGAUGGAACUCCACAACCCACCUUCAUCGGCCAGUGUACCAGCCGAGACAUGAAGGAUGAGCUGGAGACGAGAAUCCCCCCACUGUAUCCAACGAUACCAGAAACAGAGGCUACUUGGAACAAGAAAAAGUCAUCCAAGAGCCAGAAGAAACAGCAGGUUCGAAUCCAGACCGAACUCGAGUGGACCCGUUGUCUCAGACGGACGCAAAGCUAUCUCGGCCUGCGUGCACCACUUGAGCUGAUUGACGACCAGUCAUGGGAAGACAAACCAGGCCAGGAAGGAGAUGAGUCUGAACGCCCAUCACUAGACGUUAACAAACCCGUGCCAUACCCGCUCUGGAACGAGCCGGUGUUUAUCAGUGUCGAUGUAGAAUCGAAUGAGCGCUGCCAUUCCCAGGUGACUGAAGUCGGGAUCUCUACACUGGACACACUGGAUCUAGUUGGUAUUCCUCCCGGAGAAAGUGGGAUCAAUUGGAUAUCUCGGAUUCGAUCUCGACACUUCCGGGUGCGCGAGUACAGCCACAUUGUCAACCGAGAAUUCAUCGCAGGAUGUCCAGAGCACUUUGAGUUCGGAGAGAGCGAAUGGGUUUCAAUCGGGGCACUGGUGAAGCUGACAGAGGGAUGUUUUCAACCUCCUUAUUCAUGCGGCUUGCCAAUGAGCGAGACCGAAGGCUCCCAGGAUGGAAUUCUCCUCGACGACCCGGAAUUUAAGCAUCGACCACGCAACCUGGUGCUGGUGGGACACAACCCAACGGCAGACAUCGGUUAUCUUCGUGGAUUGGGUAUGACGCUGUUUGACAGGAUGGGGGAAAGAUUCAUUGAUACUGUUGACACGGCGGAGAUGUUUCGGAUCAUCAAGCACGAGGCGACGCAACGGUCACUGGGGCACAUUCUAGCAGGACUGGGAAUAACGGGAUGGCAUUUACAUAAUGCGGGGAAUGAUGCGCGAUACACCAUGGAGGCGAUGGUCGGAAUGAUGCUUGUUGAUUAAUUAUUAUCGUGGAUUCUAGCUACUAGAUGAAUGAAGAGGACCUGACGUCAGCCCUAUAACCCCUCAGCCCCUCCAUAAAAAAAAGU